CCAUGUUAUGUUUUCAACAUAUACACAUACUUAUUGAUGGGACUAUACAUAAUAAUCAUUGAUUAAUGUGUAGCUCGGAUUCAUAUUGACUAAUACUUGUUGAACAAUAUUUUGCGUUAUUUUAUCAGUUACAAACUUUGAAAGUUCCAAAUGGCAAACUUUGAACAACCUACAUCACCUCGUCACUUAAGUUUGUUGAAAUCACUUGGUCUUGUUGUUGGGUGUUUGGCAAAAUUUGUAACAGGAUCAUUAUUUGUGUUUAAUGUUUAUGCCGAAGAUCUGAAAACAACUUUCAACUUCACCCAAAAAGAAGUGGAACUACAGUCGUCUUUGCUGAACCUAGGACUUGGAGCAGGGUUUUUGCCAGGUUUAUUGUAUGAUAAAUUAGGACCUACUUGGACCUCAGGUGCUGGACUUGUCGUGUCAGUCAGUGCAUACUUACUCCUUUGGAGUACAACAAAGUAUGCAGAGUUUUAUGGAAGGAAUAGUUGGUUGAUGGCUUUUUAUUUUUUCGUGUGUGGUGUUGGUUCUGUCUUCACGUAUAUGGUAGCAUUGAAUACGAACAUGAUCAACUUCCACAGUAAACACCGAGGAUUAAUAGUUGGAGUGCUGAAUUCGUUUUUUGCCGGAAGUCCAUCUAUAUUUUCAGUAAUUUAUUACAAGGGCUUAACUGGACAGAAUAGAUUUGGCGAUUUCAUGUUGUUGUUUGCAGUCAGUUUUGCAUUUGUCGACAUUCUUUGCAUUAUUUUUCUUCGAAUAUUUACAUCACAAGAAAUUACAGAGAAUGUUUUAACUAUUGCACCUACCAAAGAUGAGUCCAAAUAUUUAAAAUCUUCCGAAAAAUAUGAAGUUUCAUACAACUCUACUAAACCUGCCAUCAAAACAAAUGAUUCAACGGGUACAGAAGAACAUAAUUUUAAUCCGAAUCUCAAACAGGAUGAAUCUGAAAACUCAUCCGAAAGUGAAGUGGAUUUGAUUGUAAAUGACCACAAUAGGGAAGAACUAUCAAUCAAACAAUUACUAUGCAAUGCAAAUUUUCAUUUAUUUACUUGGAUGUUUGUUUUAGCAGCGUCUGUUGGAUUAACUUUGGUUAAUAACAUAACAAUAAUAGCGAAAUCUCUUCAUCUGAACCAAUAUAACGGAAGCUUGGUACUUAUUGUUCCCAUAACAACAGCAGCUAUGAGUAUUUCAAUUGGCGUUAUUUCAGAUUUACUCAAAGAAAAAAUUCCGCGCAUGUCGAUAUUAGUUUUUGCCUGCGCUUGUUUUGUAGUCAGCCAAGCUGUUAUUUUGGUAUUUGGAAAACUUUAUGUGCUACUUAUGUUAGGAACAUUUUUGUGUGGUUUAGGCAUUUCUGCAAUGUGGACUUUGUGUCCCGCAGUUAUGAGUGAAUUAUUCAGUUUAGAAAAUAUAGGAAGAAAUUGGGGGAUUGCAAUAUUAUUAGCAGCAGUCGCAGGCUUGAUAAUUCAGUUGAUAUUUGGUACUAUUUAUGAUGCAUAUGUUGUUAAAGGAACAUUAGAUUGUUACGGUAUGAAAUGUAUAAACGGCGGUAUAGGACUCUCUUUAACUGCUGCUGUAAUAUCCGUUUCAUUGGGUGUCGUGUUUAUUAUAAAAAAUCGACGGAGUUCAAAUUAUGUUAAAAUGUAGGCGAUGCAUUAAAUAUGCAACUUAUUUCUAUUUAAGUGUCUUCUCAGCAAAUGUUUUAACCAUUGAUAUUACAGCUUCAUCAUUCAAUAAGAACCCAAAUAUUUCACACGGUAUACAUUACAAAAAUUCAUGUUUUUUAUUUUUAUUUUCUCUAUUGUAUUUUUCACCUUUUUCAUAUUUAUAUAUUUAUUACAGAGUAUGGCAGUAUUUAUAUUUAUAUAUUGUUCAAUAAGUGUAUUAUUUGUGUAAUAGGAGUCAGAUUUGUAAAAGCAAAUUUGCUUCUUUCUGAAUCCUAAAUAUUUAUUUCAGUUGUAUUAUAUCGUUAUGUGAUUAUUUAUCUUAAUAAAUAUUGUUUAU